UCAACGGGCGAGUGGGCGCGGCCGGCGCGCGGCCGGGGGCGUGGUUCGGGAGGGGGCGUGGUCCGGUUUAAAAGGACGCGUCCGGCGCCGCCGUCGCCAUUCUGAGGGCUGGUGGAGGUUUGGUUGGUCUUGAGAGACGCCGUCGCCUUUGCCACGAGAGAAAAACAUACAAACAAUACAAAACAAUACAAAAGCGAACAAAACAACAAAAUAUAUAUACAAAAAGAGGGGAAGAAAAAAAGCUUUCCUCCCCCCUUGCCGUGAAGAGCCGCCGCAGCCUCGUCCUUUGGACCGUCCUUGGGAAGCCGUUCCAAACCCGAAGGAAACUGCCACUUUAAAACAUAUUUCCCUCUUCUUCCCCCUCCCCCCCCCCCAAAAAAACAAAGGCAAAACCCUCCUUUUUUUUUUAAAAAACCCAAGCAACUUUUUUUUUAUUUUUUUUUUUCCUCGUUCUAGCUCGACAAAUUUAGCUCGAUUCACCUCUUUAGGGCUUAAACCCCCCCCCCCCAGCAACAACAACAAAAAAAAAAACCCAGAGAGAAAAAAAAAAAACCAAACUUUUAAAAUAAUAAUAACCCCACCCUGUCAAGCCGCAAAAAAAAAAAAAGUUGCUGCGUUUUUUUAAAGCCAUGACCAAAAACAAACGAAUUUUUUGGCUCUAACACCACCAAAUGCCAAAAUCCAAACCUUGAAGCGCUGUCGGCGAGAAAAAAAAUUGGAUAGCUGUUCCUGCCAUGGGCUCCGGCCCCAUCGACCCCAAGGAGCUCCUCAAGGGCCUCGACUGCUUCCUGGGCCGGGAUGGAGAGGUCAAGACCAUGGAUGGCAUCUCCAAAAUCUUCAGCCUGAUGAAGGACUCCCAGAAGAUGGUGAGUCGCUGCAUCUACCUGAACAUCCUGCUGCAGACCCGCGCCCAGGACAUCCUCAACAAGUUCAUCAGGAUUGGGGGGUACAAGCUGCUCAACACGUGGCUCACGGGCUCCAAGGCCUCCAACAACGUCCCGUUCCUGCAGCAGAUCCUGCUCACGCUGCAGCACCUCCCGCUCACCGUCGACCACCUCAAGCAGAACAACACAGCCAAGCUGGUGAAGCAGCUCAGCAAGUCCAGUGACGAUGAGGAGCUUCGCCGCCUCGCCUCCAUCCUGGUCAGCGACUGGAUGGGCGUGAUCCGUUCCCAGAGCAGCUCCCAGCCCACAGAACGGGACAAAAAGAAGCGGAAAGAGGAAAACAAAAGCAAAACCCCCGUCCAGGAGAAGCCCCAGGAGGCCAAAAACGAGGCCAAGAACGAGGAGGUGCCGGAAAAAAAGAGGGAAAAGCCCAAAUCCCUUCGGACCACGGCCCCCAGCCACGCCAAGUUCCGCUCCACAGGGCUGGAGCUGGAGACGCCGUCGCUGGCGCCGGUGAAGAAACUCAACUCGGGGGUCUCCGACAAGUACAACCUGAAACCCGUCCCCGUCAAGAGGCAGAAUGCCCCCUCAGGCCCCGGGGAGGCCCCUCUGGCAGAGAAGAAAUACAAACCCCUGAACACGGCGCCCAACGCGGCCAAGGAGAUCAAAGUGAAGAUCAUCCCCCCCCAGCCCAUGGAAGGUCUCGGGUUCCUGGAUGCCCUGAACUCGGCGCCCGUCCCGGGCAUCAAGAUCAAGAAGAAGAAAAAGGUUCUGUCCCCAACAGCAGCCAAGCCCAGCCCCUUCGAGGGGAAGCCGCCCCCCGAGCCCAGCACGGCCAAACCCUCGUCCCCGGAGCCGGCGGCGGCCGAGCCCAUGGACACGGAGCGGCCCGGGACGCCCGUGCCCGCCGUCGAGGUGCCCGAGCCCAUGGACACAGGCUCGGCAGAGGCCGGGGGUGACCCCAAGGGCCCCGAUGCCCCCUCGGAGGGGGGUCCGGCCCCGCGCCGGCCCCGCAAGAAGAAGACGGUGUCGUGGCCGGACGAGGCCCGGCUGAGGGAGUAUUUCUACUUUGAGCUGGACGAGACCGAGCGCGUGAACGUGAACAAGAUCAAGGACUUUGGGGAGGCGGCCAAGCGGGAGAUGCUGAAGGACCGUCACGCCUUCGAGACGGCGCGGCGCCUCAGCCACGACUCCAUGGAGGAGAAGGUGCCCUGGGCCUACCCCAAGGCCCUGGACCUGCCGGCCCCGCUGGUCGUGCCGGGCAGCGGCAGCCGCGAGCGCUUCACGCAGGCCGAGCGCGUCAAGGGCAUCCUGCAGGAGAUCUUCCUCUCCAAGGAGAGCAUUCCUGACAGCCCCCACGAGCCCGACCCGGAAUCCUAUGAGCCACUUCCACCCAAACUGAUCCCCAUGGACGAGGACUGCUCUGGUGAGGAUGGGGCCUAUCCCGAGGGGCUGGAUCCCGGGAAUGCCGCGGCCUCUCCGGACCCCGGGGCGGGGGCGAAGCUGCCGCCGGUGUUGGCCAACCUGAUGGGGAGUGUGGGGGCUGGCAAAGGCCCCCCAGGACCCCCCCCCAACGCCCCCAUCAACAUGCAGGAGAUCCUCACCUCCAUCAUGGGCGGUCCCAGCGGGCACAAGGCCGAGGAGCUGCUCAAACAACCCGAUUAUUCGGAUAAAAUCAAACACCUGCUGGGGAACCUGCAGGCCCAGCCCCCGGGGGGGCCCAGCGGAGUGCCCCACGGCCUGCUGGGCCCCGGCCCCAUGAACGGCUUCCCACCGGGCCCCAAGAUGCAGCACUUCCCCCCGGGGGGGCCCAUGCCAGGCCCCCACGGCGGCGGCGGCGGCGGGGGGGGUCCGGGCCUGCCCCCGGGGAUGCCGGGGGGUCCCCGACUCUUGGGGCCUCCCCCACCCCCCCAGCGAGGAGGGGACUUCUGGGAGGGCCCCGACGGGGGCGGCGGGGGGGGGUCCCUGCGCGGGGGCCCCCCCGGAGGAGGCGGCGGGAUGCGAGGGGGGGGCCCUUUCCACCGGCCCCGGGGCCGCAGCGGCGCCGAACCCCCCUAUCGCUGCCGGGGGGGGGGCGGGGGGCGCAGCGGGGGGCCCCCCCCCCCCAAUGGCGGCGGCGGAGGAGGAGGAGGAGGGUCUCGGGGGGGCCCCCACGGCGAGCACGGCAGAGGCCACCCCGGAGACCACCCGCCCCCCCCCCGGGGCCCCCACGGCGGAGACAUGUCGAGCCGCGCCGUCUGUCGCCACUUCAUGCUCAAGGGCAGCUGCAGGUACGAGAACAACUGUGCCUUCUACCACCCCGGCGUCAACGGCCCCCCCCUGCCCUGACCCCCCAGAAACCCCCCUCCUCCUCUUUUAUGGCUUCUGUGAGGCCUCUGCGGAGCCCCCGGCGCUGCCCCCGACCUGCCUCCCCCCCCCUGCCCUCCUCCCCCUCCUCCCCCUCCUCCCCCUCCUCCU